CUUUAACACCUGUCAGGACAAACGUGCGUUGAAACAAACGAAAUAUGCAAGGUAAAAUUCGAAUCAGGCGAUUUGUGAUUGCUUUAGUUUUAAUACUAAUUUUCGCAUCAUACCAGCGGUUAAAUAGUAACUUUAUAAUCAGUUCCUUUGAUAGAAGAGGAGAAUUUGAAGCAAUAGUAUUUUUGAAAACUCAUAAGACAGGGGGAUCCACAAUCGUAAAUAUUCUUCAGCGUUUUGGAGAACGCCACAACUUGAGCAUUGCUUUGCCAAAGAAAACCUAUGGCGAACUUCGAUACAAUUAUUUUGGUGAUGUCGGUGAAACAUUGACACGUGAUCACAUCUUUGAUCCGCAUGGAAACACUUCUUUUAAUAUUCUUUGCAAUCAUGUUAUCUACAACAGAACUGCCUUUAGGAAAAUUUUCAAACGAAAAACAUUUUAUUUUACAAUUCUCCGUGAACCACUGUCAAAUUUUUUGUCAGCUAUAAAUUAUUAUGGUUUAACGGACGGAUAUAUAAGAAAAAUGUUGAAUGAAAACAUUUCUAGACCUAUAACAAACUUUUUCAAAAAUCCUCGUCGUUAUGAGCCAUAUAAUUUGUACCAUUCAUUCACUAACAAUCGCCAGCUAUUAGACUUGGGAUUUUCUCCAAGGGAAAACCCACGAGAUCUCAUUUCCAUCAAAACAUUUAUCAAAGCUAUAAAUAAUGAUUUUCACUUUGUGAUGAUCAUGGAAUAUUUCGACCAAUCAUUGAUUUUAAUAAAGAGAAUAUUAAGAUGGACUUUUAAAGACAUCUUAUACAUGAGACAGAAUAAAGGACGUGGAAUGUUAGCUACAAAUAUCACAGAAGAAGAAAAACAAAAGGUGUACCAGUGGAAUAGGGGAGAUUUAAUGUUAUAUUCCUUCUUUCUGGAAAAACUGAAAGAUAAAAUAAAAGCAGAAGGACAAAGUCUAGAGAAAGAGGUUUUGACCUUUAAAGACAUUCUACAAAAGGUGUGGGAAUUUUGUGAGCAAGAUGAACAAGUGUUACCAUUUACAGUAAGGAAGACACCUUGGGAUUCAGGAUUUGUGCUUACAUAUCAAGAAUGCACUUUUCUUCGUCUUAAUGAACUACAGUAUCUCGAGAGACUUUAUGCUGUAAUUAAAUAA